AUGUCAGCCUACGACCCCAGCGAAGUGGUUCCAAUGCCCAUGCCGGAGCAGUAUCAUGUCGGACCACGGGCACCUAUGAGCCGACCUCACGGCUACAGCUAUACAUCUAUGCCAGCGCAAUGGCAGCCACAACGAUAUCAGUAUCAGCCUCUUCCGCAGCUGUAUUCUCAGUCAACGCACGCCCAACAAUUGCCAGCCUACUACGCAUCACCAGCAGAAUACGAAGACUGCGAGGAAUACCGACCGCCAUUACCACCGAGGCACCUCAACCCGAUCAACAACCAACAGCCGCCCAGCCCACAAGACUCAAGCCGCUCUAGCUCUAGCGAAGGAUCAUCGCCAUCGUGGAGAACUUCAAUCGAGCCAGAUCCACUGCCACCGCACAGCAACCCGCAGACCCUCACGCAAAGCCAAAGCGAAGCAUUCGCCGAUUCGCAGCCCAUCUCCGCUGUCCACAUAGGCAAAGACGACGUCCGCAACCACUCCACCGGCCUCGCAGAUUUCCGCAUAACCAGAGAAGCGGCAAAGAUGCCAUCUUUCCUCUCCACUAAGCCUCUGAUCACGGUGACCAAAAUCAGCACUUCCAAAACCAUAGGCACGAUCCGCUUUCACACCCUCACCAGCAACCGCAUCGAUCUCAACGUCAAUGGCCAUGAAACCUCGAUCUCGCAUCAAGGCGUCUUCCACAACCGCUGGGGCUUCCAGGCGACUUCCACCCCCAAUGUCGACGAGCGCUGGUACUGGAAGAAAGACCGGAGUACUGGUGGAGCAAUGCUGGGGGACACGAAGUGGAAUGGCAAUCUACUGGCAAGGAUGAAAGGCGAUCUUCUCACGUUCGAGAAGCCUAGGUUGAGUGAUGACAGCUAUGAGGAGAUUAUUGUCAGUGCGGUCGCGAUGGCGGAGGCGGCGAGGAGACAGAAGAGGAAGAGCGAUGUGGUGGAUAUUGCUAGUGCGAUUGGAGAGUUCACUGGAUCAGAUGGAGGUAGCGGGGGUGGGGAUGGUGGUACCGGGGUGGAGGUAGCUGAUUCUCUCAGCGAACAAUCGGAUAACUGUUAA